GCUGCGGAGGCCCAAGGGUGUCCGACGCGCUGAGAGAGGCUGGCGGGACAGUCGGGGUUACAGGGCCGCGGCCAUGGGGGUCUUGAAAGACGAGCUGCUCAAGGCUAUCUGGCACGCCUUCACCGCACUGGACUUGGACCACAGCGGCAAGGUCUCCAAGUCCCAGCUCAAGGUCCUUUCGCAUAACCUGUGCACCGUGCUGAAGGUUCCACACGACCCCGUUGCCCUUGAAGAGCACUUCAGGGACGAUGAUGAGGGGCCUGUCUCCAAUCAGGGCUACAUGCCGUAUUUAAACAAAUUCAUUUUGGAAAAGGUCCAGGACAACUUUGACAAGAUUGAAUUCAAUCGGAUGUGUUGGACCCUCUGUGUCAAAAAAAACCUCACAAAAAGUCCCCUGCUCAUUACAGAAGAAGAUUCAUUUAAAGUAUGGGUUAUUUUCAACUUUUUAUCUGAGGACAAAUAUCCAUUAAUUAUUGUGCCUGAAGAGAUUGAAUACCUGCUUAAGAAACUGACAGAAGCUAUGGGAGGAGGUUGGCAGCAAGAACAAUUUGAACAUUAUAAAAUCAAUUUUGAUGAUGGUAAAGAUGGCCUUUCUGUGUGGGAGCUGAUUGAGCUUAUUGGAAAUGGACAGUUUAGCAAGGGCAUGGAUCGGCAGACGGUGUCUAUGGCAAUUAACGAAGUCUUCAACGAGCUUAUAUUAGAUGUGUUGAAGCAGGGUUACAUGAUGAAAAAAGGCCAUAAACGGAAAAACUGGACUGAACGCUGGUUUGUUCUAAAACCCAACAUAAUUUCUUAUUAUGUGAGUGAGGAUCUGAAAGACAAGAAAGGAGACAUUCUGUUGGAUGAAAACUGCUGUGUAGAGUCUUUGCCUGACAAAGAUGGAAAGAAAUGCCUUUUUCUCAUAAAAUGUUUUGAUAAGACCUUUGAAAUCAGUGCUUCAGAUAAGAAGAAGAAACAGGAGUGGAUUCAGGCCAUUCAUUCUACUAUCUAUCUGUUGAAGUUGGGCAGCCCCCCGCCACACAAAGAAGCCCGCCAGCGUCGGAAAGAACUCCGGAAGAAGCUGCUGGCUGAGCAGGACGAGCUGGAGAGGCAGAUGAAGGAGCUGCAGGCUGCCAACGAAAACAAGCAGCAGGAGCUGGAGACCGUGAGGAAGAAACUGGAAGAAGCAGCAUCUCGAGCAGCAGAAGAAGAAAAGAAACGACUUCAGACCCAAGUGGAACUACAGGCCAGAUUCAGCACAGAGCUGGAGCGAGAGAAGCUUAUCAGACAGCAGAUGGAAGAACAGGUUGCUCAAAAGUCCUCUGAACUGGAACAGUACUUGCAGCGAGUACGGGAGCUGGAAGACAUGUACCUAAAGCUGCAGGAGGCGCUUGAGGAUGAGAAGCAGGCCCGGCAGGACGAAGAGACCGUGCGGAAGCUUCAGGCCAGGUUGUUGGAGGAAGAGUCUUCCAAGAGGGCUGAACUGGAGAAGUGGCACAUGGAGCAGCAGCAGGCCAUGCAGACAACUGAGGCAGAGAAGCAGGAGUUGGAGAAUCAGCGAGUUAUGAAGGAACAGGCGCUGCAGGAAGCCAUGGAACAGCUGGAGCAGCUGGAGUUAGAACGGAGACAGGCGCUUGAGCAGUAUGAGGGAGUUAAAAAGAAGUUAGAGAUGGCAACUAAUACGACCAAGAGCUGGAAGGACAAAGUGGCCCAUCACGAAGGACUGAUUCGGCUGAUAGAACCAGGUUCGAAAAACCCUCACCUGAUCACUAACUGGGGCCCUGCAGCUUUCACCCAGGCAGAGCUUGAGGAGAGAGAGAAGACCUGGAAAGGGAAAAAGACCACGGAGUGACAGCGCUCACAUCAGUUCUGUAGAUUCCGAGUGUCGCUGGAAAGCUUUAUGCUAAAGACAACAGGGACUGGCUUUGCGGCUUCUAACUCUUCUUCCUUCAAUACUCCUAGUGGGUCAAUAUACCAAGGAAGCCUUAUUUGUCUUCCUGCAAAUAAGGGCUGACCAGAAAAGAAAAAAAAAGUCAGCAUUGUCAAGCUCUUAAUAGACUUUCUUUGAAAACUUCAGCUUCUGAAAAUUCCUUUUUAGCUCUCAGAUUCUUGUUGGAACAAGGCGCUGUCGUCCUCAUUGUUUGGAGGGGAGCGGGGUUUGGUGCUCAAGUUCACUGGAUAAUCAGAACCUCUGAGGACUGGGGUCAGUCACUUGCUGUGGCCGCGUGUUUCCUUCUCCAAGUACCUGUUUCUAAACUAGAUGGGCCAGUCUGCUUGCCCUCAUAUGCCAGUUCGUGGAAUGCCGUCAGCUAUUGCUGCUCUGAUAGAGAAGUCACUAGCUGCCCGUGGACCUGGCUUCGACUAAGCGGUUAUAGCCCAUAUAUGCCGUUGUGCAGACAGUUUCUAUUUAAUGCAGUGUUACUGAUUUACAGUCUGGCUUCAGUGUCACUAUCUAGGAGGAAGAAAUCCUUUUAAACAAUGCUUUGGCUAAGAUAGAUACAGUAAGUCCUCACUUAACAUCAUCGAUAGGUUCUGUGACUUUAAGCGAAGUGACGUAUAGCGCAAAAGCAAUGUUUCCCAUAGGCAAAUUCAUAUAAACAAGAGUUAAGUUCCUACAGCGUCUCAUCAACAUUAUAACAAAACUACGUUGAAUGAAAUGGUUAUUUGAGGACGUGCUGUACUUAUGAAUCAAAGCACAGAGAUGAACUAAGUAAAUCCCAUUGGAAUGAUGUUUUUAUACUACCAUGUUUCCCCAAAAAUAAGACCUAACUGGAUCAGUAGCUUUAAUGCGUCUUUUGGAGGAAAAAUUAAUGUAAGACCCAGUAUCAUAUUAUUAUAUUAUAUUACCCAGUCUUAUA